AUGCUCCGAUUUCUUCUAGCCACCUCUCUACUCCUCUGCUCUUCCUUCCACGCUUUUCCAGUGGAAAACCUAGCCGACUGCCCAUUCCCAAAUGGUACUGACAAACAGAUCCAUUCCUACAUGUGCUCUGACAAUGAGCAAUUCUCGAUUACCGACAUCCAGACCUUGGACAAGAAUGGCAAACCAAUCUACCCAAUCGACCCACGCAAUGAGUUCAUUCUCAAUCUGACCACCUAUAAUCACGGACCACAGAUUGAUGAUAAUCAUGUGAAUGUGAAGAUCAAUCAGUAUAAGGCUGGAUGGUCUGGGGAUUGUGCGUGGACCGCGAUUCCCACCUUUGGAUUGCUCAAUGGUAUCGACGGAUGUGACUUUGCCCAUAACUGUCCGCUCACUUCUGGACCACUUUUCUUGAUUUUGCCGUUGGAUUUGAGUCAGUUCUCCGCUAUCAUCAAUAUGUUGGCUGCUUAUAAACCCUACGAACUCGAGAUUCGCAUGUUCAACUACAACAAGGGAAACACUGCUCACGAGGAGAUCGCCUGUGUGAUGGCUCAAGUCGAGUUGUCCUAA